UUAUCCACAAUGGGAAAAAUCGCUAAAGUGAUUGUCUGUGGCAUGAAAUCUGUUGGAAAAACUGCCAUUUUGGAGCAAGUAAUUUACGGAAACUUAUCAGAUAAGGACCUGCAUCCUACAAUCGAGGAUAUUUAUGUUGCGAAAAUCGAAUCCGAUAGAGGUAUAAAAGAAAAAAUUAGGUUUUACGACACUGCCGGCAUCGAAAAUUGUCAAAUUUCGACUGCACAUGGAACUACGAAUCAACAAUUACCUCGGCAUUACUUGGCCCUCGCGGACGGCUACAUUUUGGUAUACGACACGGAGAAAAACAACUCUGUGGAUGUUUUGAUGUCAAUUAAAAGUGAUAUCGACCGGAAUAAAGAUAAGAAAGAGGUUUCCGUUGUGGUAAUCGGCAACAAAACGAAAGAAGUUGCCCCUGAUACAGAUGCAGAGGAAACUAUAAAUAAAGCAAUUGGGUGGUGCAAUAGAGAAAAAAUUAGACACUUCACCGUAUCGGCGCUACAUAGACAAACAUUGUUUGAACCCUUUGUGUAUAUAACAAGCAAAUUAAAUCCACCACCAAGUAAAAGUACAUUCACUCCUUUGUCUAUGGGUCGGAAAGUAUUGAAAGAUUCCACUUAAUGAUUUUUGUUUGCGCGUAUAAGUUAAUUGUUUUUUUUUUAAACAUUUUGGACAGAAUUUAUCCAAAAUGGAAGUUGGAAUAUCAGCCAGCCAGUGAUGAAAAUGUAAUCUUGAAAUUGAAACUGUCAUAAUAUACACGUUAACCUUAAAAUGUGGACAUUUUUUCAUAACAAAUUUUCAGGCAUGUUUGGUUACGUUUGGGCAUUUGGAAAAUUUGACUAAUGCGGAACUUUUCAAAAACUAUUAAAAAAAAAAGAAAAAACUAAAAUACGGAACCACCCAAGUGUUCUACAUAGAGAUUUUGCCGCAUACUUUCAUAAUGUGACUAGUUCUGGAUAGAUGGCGCGAGCUGCACGGUGUCAAAUUAUUUGAUAUGUAUCAAGUUUCAAUGCAUAAGGAAUCUAAACUUGCCUGGGAAGAAAGAAAUAAUAGCUAUAAUACGUUGUUUUUCGAAUAUUUUUUUUUAUGAUUGUAUAGUCAGUCUGUGAUAACAAGUACAUGUCAAAUACUAUCCAUUAGAGCUUUAAAAACUUCUUGACGGUAAAAUGUUCUUCUUUUAUCCUAUACUUAUUAGUCCACAUAUUUACAUACCCAUAUGGUACCCAUUUCGGCGCAGUUUUUCAAAUCGGAAAAAUAAUUUUGUGGUUAUACUUUGUUCCUGAAAUUUGCAUCCGCCAUGUUUAUGUAGUAGUCGAUAGCUUUAUUUUCGUUACGAUCCCUUUUUUAAAUCGCAGUCUACCGGAUUAUCCCGAACGUUUCGAUAAAACGGGAACGAAACAAUGAAAACAAACGAUGUUAAAGAAAGGGCAUGCCAAGUGACAGGGCGCGCUCUUAAAACGCACGCUGUGGCUGCUGAGUCCCCGUGAUCCAAUUACCGCGUCAAAUAAAAUCAGGCGUAAAUCGAAUCAGCGUGAUUGUCCUCCAUUAGCAUCGCUAGAUGGUCGCGCUCGGAGCAUUGCUAACUCGUUUGCCAUUUCCAACUAACUGACGGAUAAUCUGAUAAAAGAAAACAAAAGGGCGCCGCUGCUCUUUUCUUCCGUACACCGACGAAAGGCCCUUAAAAAAAACUGAUUGCUUUUUGUCGAAGGGCGCAAAGCGAAUAUUUAUUUAAAUAUUCGUGCCUUGCCACAAUGCCACGUGUCACUUUUUUCUCUUAAUAACGAGUACUGUGGUCACUAUAAUCAAGGAAGAUGGCAUUGUUUGUUUUCAUUUUAGUAUAGUGUAAAUAUCUUGCCAGUGCUGAACAUCGCCGGGGUUUUUGACCGAUACGUUAUAGACAAAAUAAUAUUUUUAUGUAAUCAAAAACUUAAGUAAACUAUAAACUUAACCAAUAUCUGUUAAACCAAAUGUCUCGCUAAUAUUCAGUUAAACAUUACCCACCAAUAGUUCCUUUUUAACAAUAGCGAUAUCGUUUGUCUUUAUUUAAUGUGACAUUACAAACGCCAAAAUGUUGGCGAUUUUAAGUACGUUUUCUACUGUUCUGUUAGACAUGGCAACAUAGCAUGUUAAUGUUCCUGCCGUAGAAACUUCUAGGAUUUAGUCUAUCCUUAGCACUCAGCAUAUAUCGAUGCGCGAGCGCCCUGUCCUCAGGCAACUGGCAU